AUGGAACUUGCCGAAAAAGGUGAUCUUUUAACAUUUAUUCAACAAAACGGUGCACAACCCGAAUCGAUAGCUCAAAGAUGGAUGAAACAACUUAUUUCAGCAGUUCGUUAUAUGCAUUUGCGUUCAAUAGCACACCGUGAUUUGAAACUAGAAAAUAUCCUUCUGUUUGCUGAUAACUCCAUUAAAAUUGCUGAUUUCGGAUUCUGUCGAGAGGCACAAAAUGGUGAUUUAUCGAGGACAUUUUGUGGAUCAAAAUCUUACUCAGCCCCAGAAAUUCUUCUUGGUCAAGAAUAUAUCCCAUUCAAGGCGGAUGUAUGGUCAUUAGGUGUUGUAGCAUUUGUAUUGGUUACCAAUCGGAUGCCAUAUAAUGAACGUGUUGCUAGUAAUACCAUUAUUGUGGAAGCACAACGAAACAGAACUUAUCAUUAUUCGAAAAAGCUACAGCUUAGUCAAAUAUGCCAAAGUACCAUCGACACCAUGAUGACAUUUGAUUAUCAUACACGGCCUGAUAUCCAACAAGCGAUGAACUUGCCCUGGUUUCACCUACCAAUAAUACCAGUGGAGCGCAAGGAAAAUGGAGCCAGUUGUACCACCGUAUAA